UUAGACACGUAGACUUGGACCAAGUUGGUUUCCACGACAAAAUGACUUGGAUGUCAAAUUAAACAUACCAAGAUGGCGGAACGGUAUUUAUUGGAAGGUGUGCGAGUGGUUGCUGAUAUGCUUAUAAACGAGCUUGAAAUGCAGAAAAAAGAGAUAAAAAAGAAAAACGAAAGAUUUGAACUCGUAAUUGGAUACGUAAACGUCCGGCGCUUGGAGCUUCCUCCAAUUUCCUUACAGAAGUGGCGGGUGGGGAUAAAGCCACAUUCAAAAACCAUCUGAGAAUAACUGCAGAUCAGUUUGAGCAACUAUUGGAAAGUGUAAAACCAAAAAUUCAAAAAGUUGAUACAAAUAUGAGAGCUGCAUUACCUGCAAGAUCAAAACUACAAAUUACCCUUCGUUACUUGGCAAGUGGAUGUUGUUUUCGUACGCUAGAAUGUUUGUAUAGAGUUCCCAAAUCUUCAAUAUCCAAGUUUUUACCUGCAGUACUUGAAGCAAUUUAUGAAUCAUUGGAGAUGUAUAUUCAGGUACCAAAAACUAACGCUGAGUGGAAUAUCAUAGCUAGAGGGUUUGAAGAGCGCUGGAACUUUCAAGGAUGCUGUGGAGCUAUUGACGGGAAACACGUUAACAUUCAGCAACCACAGGACACCGACGCCAUUUUAUAUCACAAACAAACAGCACUUGGAUCCAAGUAAGUUGGGUACUGUCCUACUCAACUUGGAUGUAACCUACUGAUCCAAGCGCACUUGGAUGAACUGUUGACACGAUCAAAGUAACGUCCAAGUGCUGCUCGCGGACAAUCCAAGUAUACUUGGAUCGUGUCAACCCGGCUUUAGCAACUCUAAGAAGCUGUGUUGAUCAACAUGACCCUCAAAGAAGUGAGGACCAAUCAAGUAACCACUUACAAUCCCACAACAGACCAUAAGGCUUCAGCGAUCUUGAUGAUCUACUUGUCUCUGCCAGUAAGGAUUUGCAUUUUAACCAAUAAUGCCAAUUAUGUCUAUUAAGUAGUCCGCCACUUCUAAAUAUUGCUUUAAUGUAUUGUGAUUUAAAAAAAUUAAAAUAUCUCACUCUAUUACUGUUAUAUAUUAUUCGAAUGUAAAAUAAAUUUAGUAUUUCGCAUAUACAAGAUUGCCAAAUGAUCCUUUUUACGGCUUAAACAUAACCAGGAUUAAGAAAAUACGGAAAUUAGACAAUUGCCUGCAAGACCAUUGACAAAAUUCAAGGCGCGCUUGCAUAUGGGUCACCUGGAAUGCUAAAACUAAAGUAAUGCAAUGUUAAAAUACAAUGUUAAAUUGUACACGAGUUUUGCAGACGGUAGCAGGCUGGGCGUUCGUAGCUAAGGAUUCAAUAUAAGUCACAGUUUGUA